AUUCACGCGGCCAUCCAUAUUAUUACGAAUGAGCGCCCUCUUCUCGAUCUCGAUCCCGUACACAUUAUUUUAGAUCGUCGCAAUAUUAUUAUCUUGUGCGUUCGUAUCAGUGUAACACGUGCGGACACAGUCGUCUUAACACUCGUAUAUUAUCAUCAUGCAUGCCGCCGCUGCGUCUCCGAUGCACCCGACCACGUUUCUGCUGACGACGUUUGCCGCCGCAGUGAUGCUGCAGGCUCCCGCGGUCCACGGGGGCAUCAUCGGGCUCAUCCAGAACAACGUGUUGGGCACGGCCGCUUUCCAUAGACAACAGUCGUGGCCGUUCGACCCGAACGUGAGCGCCCGCCGGGCACCCGAGUUCAUCGCGCUGCACGGCGACAAGUCCGAGAGGCUGAUCGAACGCAUCGGCCUGGGAAUAGACGGCCGGCAACAGGAGCGCCGCGAACAGCAGAUGGUCAGGGACAUCUUGUACGACCAGCAGCAGCAGCAGCAGCGAGACAACAACGUGCCCGUGUCCGGUUACCAGUACGUCCGAUCGCAGCAACCGCCACAUGGACCGGUGCAGGUUGUUCAGGCAUAUCCGGCCGGUUACGCGCGACGGCGGUGACCACAUCCAGGUUUUGCCGGAGAUGUCCGUCGAUCACGCGUCAUCAUCGAUCGCUCGCGGUAAUACGCAUAAUAAUAUAUUAUUGCGUCCGAUACCAUCGCCCCAGCUGCAACAUUUGGCAUCCGUGGUUGGAUCCUAUAAUAUAUAAACGACGUGUGCAGCGGAAUCCGCGUUCGCGUCUACAUUAUGAUAUUAUAUUAUUAUGUUGUGUAUGAGAUCGUGAUGUAUCAAAACGCACCUGUAUAUAUUAAAUUGAACGGCGAUAAUAAUAAUAAUAUUUGUAAUUUGUAUAAAAAUAAAAAACUUUAGUUGUUAGAAUUAUUAUGUAAAUACAUAUAUAUUAUUAUUAUUAUAUAUUUUGAUUAGCGUGUCACACAGACGAUUAGAAUAAAAUAUAAAUUAUAAUAGUAUAUAAUGUAGAUAACAAUACGUAUUGAUUAGAAAUCCUCUAUAAACACUAUAUAAUAACAUUCCUAGAAGAUCGUUUCUUAGCUUCACUCGCGACCAACACUGCAAUAAGUACGUGUAUGAUGACUAUUAUAAAAUUACUGAUGACAUAACACACAAUAUUAUGAUCGAGACUUUUUCUGCUUGACUUAAAAAAAAAUGUUUAAAAACAUGGUCAUUUCUUAAGUUUUGAUUUGGAGAUAAACCUUAAAUUGGAUUUAAAAUAUUUUGCACACUUAUAAAGUGUGCUUGUUCGAUUUAAAUGAUAGUUUUAAAUCAAAAUUAUGUAUAUCACCUUACGCGCGUAUUUUCGACGGAAUAAUUUAAUUUUCAUCAAUAUGUGGAUCAGAUAAAUAUUCACAAAAAGCAUGAACUCUAGAAUCAGUUAUCGCAUAAUUUUCAGUAAUUAUGGGUUACAUAAUAAAAAAUGUAGACAUCAAUUCUGAAAAUAUUUUGUUAUCUGUUGGCUGUUUCACAACAAUAUUAUUUUAUCAGUAGAUUAAAUUUAUUCGAAAUCUCUGGACUCCCAUUAGUUAUUAAAAAAGGUUACAAAAUAAAAAUACGUUAUCCGCGGACCAGUAUAUGAACCUAUAUGUCUAUAUAUAUAUGUAUGUACCUAUAUCAUACUAUAUGGUUAUAAUUUGUAUUAUGUAGGUAAGUUAAAAUAAUACCAUAUAGCUUUAAGUUUAAAAUAUUUAAAUACCUCCAACAAUUAUUUUACGAAUAAAUUCAAAACUUGUUAUGUUUUAUCGUUAAUAUUAAUUAGUUGACCGUUGAUUGAUAAUACUAUUAUGUAAAUGUAACCAAAUGUAUUUUGUAAAUAACAUAUAGAUUCGGUUGACUAUUAAACACGUAUUAUAUUGUUA